AUGGCGUUAACAGUUCAACCUGACUACACCCAUCUCGCUGUCGCGCUGCAGGAUGCUCGAUCGGUUUUACCCGCUAUGAUCAUCGGCGCUUUCUUGUUCGGCAUAUACACCUUGCUCUUGGUCCUUUCGAUUUAUAUUAUGAAGCGGAAGGGUCUGCGUUAUCGCUCUUAUGCCAUCAUGCUGGCCCAUAUCGUACUCAUGUACGCUCUCGCCGCAACCUCUUGGGCGAUCUUGGUGUCGUCGUUACUUCGCGUCAUCGAAUCACCUCAGGAAUACGCGCUAGUGGAUGCCCGCUCUCUCGGCAUGAAAGAUAAGACCGUCCAAUGGUGUCUAGGUCUCAAUAUCUUCAUGAGCGAUAUCAUCCUGACCUGGAGGACGUUGUCACUCUGGUCAGAUGCCCGAUACACUCGGACAGGAAGAUGGGUAACUUGGACCGCGUGCCUCUUGCUGCUCUCAACGGCCGUGUCUGGGAGCGUCGACGAGAUGCUAUUCAGCCUUCAGACAACCAUACCAAUGCAGCAAUACACUGGAACGCUCGGCUACGACAACGAGCCGUCGGAGAUCUACGUGAACUUCGGCGGCAAACUGAGCGUCAUCCUCAGCGCCGUCUUGAACGUCGUCUGCGUACUUCUAACCAUUGUGAAGACAAGACAGCUCGAGAAGUUGCAGAAGCCCAUUGGCCGCCGGCUGUCGGAGAACCGCGUGGGUCUGAUCCUACUGUUGUUGGUAUCUUGUGGGCUGGCAUACUGUGUGUUUUGGGUGUACUGGGUCACGGUCGGCCUAUGGAACGUUGAGCCCGACUUGCACUUGACGCUUCUCAUCUGCAACAACACCGUCGCAGUGCAGAUCAUCGGAAUCUACCCGAGUCUUGUCAUCGUGUGCGUCUCCGUACAACAGAUCAACGGUGUUGACCCGGCGGUCACGGCGCCAUCAUUUGCGCAGCGUCAAGCGGCGUCGCCCUUCACGUUCGCGACCAGCCUCAUUCAACCUCCUGCAAAUGUCUUGACAACCUCAUCGGAGUACUGCCCAAGAGUAACCUCACCAGGCGAUUCCUCUGUCGAAGAGAAUCCCUAA